AUGCACUCUGGCGUCUGUUCCUGCCUCUGGCCCGUACCCCCGCCCCGCUGUCCCGACCUGGCCCCUCUCCCAUCCGGCCGGGCUCCAGCCAGACGCGCCCCGCCCCCUUCACCGGCCCCACGUGUCCUGGACGCUCGGGGUCCUCGGAGCCCCGCCCCAGGCCGGGAACAGUCUCUCCGGGGCCGGACACAGACUGCCCGCCUUCUCCCCACCGCGUCUCCGGCUGUGUCCAACCGAACGGGGGGCCGGAUCGCUCUGUCCUCCAGCUGUGCGCUCAAGCCGCGCCACCCCAUUCUGGAGCCCGGGACCCCGGUGUGGGCCCAGCUAGGGGCCUCCCCCCGACCCCUAGCAGCACCCCUGCCCCCUCCCAGACACUUCCUUGUCCUUAUGGGGGCAGGCCGCGUCCCCGCGGGAACUCUGGGUCCUGGCUUGGCGGCUGAGCAGGGAUGGGGUGGGGGGCCGGUCGGAUAUCGGAACCUGAGAACAUGGGAGGGGGAACACGAGCCUGGGAAGAGGAUAGCACACGCUGGCGGGACUUGUUGGAGCAAAUAUUUAGCCACUAAGGGGGGCGCUGCCCUGGGCGGUAUCCGAUGCUUUCCAAGAACCACCCCCCGCGCGCCGCCCGCCCCGUGGAGCCCCACGGCUGCCAGCCAGCUGCUUGGCGCUGACCUCGCUGGCCAGACCCACGCUGUCACCCUGGGAAAGACUGGAAUGGAGGGAGGGGAGGGGAGCGGACCGGACGGGUCCUCCCCCCUGCAGAUCCUCUCCUUCCCGCGGAACCUGCUGAGUCCCAGUGAAACCCGUCGGGGCCUGGCUGCCGCCUUCCGCAUGUGGAGCGACGUGUCCCCUUUCAGCUUCCGCGAAGUGGCCCCCGAGCUGCCCAGCGACUUCCGCAUAGGCUUCUACCCAGUCAACCAUACGGACUGCCUGACGUCAGCCCUGCACCACUGCUUCGAUGGCCCCACGGGCGAGCUGGCCCACGCCUUCUUCCCCCCACACGGUGGCAUCCACUUCGACGACAGCGAGUACUGGGUGCUGGGCCCCACUCGGUACAGCUGGAAGAAAGGCGUGUGGCUCACGGACCUGGUGCACGUGGCAGCCCACGAGAUAGGUCACGCGCUGGGCCUGAUGCACUCGCAGCACGUCCGGGCCCUCAUGCACCUGAACGCCACGCUCCGUGGCUGGAAGGCGCUGUCGCAGGACGAGAUGUGGGGGCUACACCGGCUCUAUGGCUGCCUGGACCGGCUCUUCGUGUGCGCGUCCUGGGCGCGAAAGGGCUUCUGCGAUGCCCGACGGAGGCUCAUGAAGCGACUCUGUCCCAGCAGCUGCGACUUUUGCUACGAGUUCCCCUUCCCUACGGUGGCUGCCACCCCACCGCCACCCAGGACCAAGACCAGGCUGGUGCCUGAAGGCAGAAACGUGACCUUCCGCUGUGGCCAGAAGAUCCUGCACAAGAAGGGCAAAGUGUACUGGUACAAGGACCAGGAGCCCCUGGAGUUCUCCUAUCCUGGCUAUCUGGCGCUGGGCGAGGCACACUUGAGCAUCAUCGCCAACGCCAUCAACGAAGGCACCUACACGUGUGAGGUGCGUCGGCGUCAGCGUGUGCUCACCACCUACUCGUGGCGCAUCCGCGUGAGGAGCUAG